AUGAGCGGCCUGCUGAACCUGCCUGGCUCCAAGGGCGGCUACGUCUCGCUCGACAGGCCUGUCAAGGAGCACACCGUGUCGGCUGGCGGCAUCAAGGCGGCGCCAAUCGAGCUGGGCGACCUCGCCAACGACGCCUUCUUCAACGAGGUCGCGCGCAUCCGCGACGGCAUCCGCACCCUCGACAGCUCGAUCGACGACCUCUCGGCCGCACACCUCGCCUCGCUCCAAUCCACCACCUCGUCCUCCUCGCCCUCGCACGAGCUCGCCUCGCUCUCGUCGUCGCUCAGCACGAGCAUCGCGUCGUACCGCACCCGGAUCGAGGUCCUCGGCCCACAGGUCGAGGGCGAGGCCAAGCGCGGGCACUGGGACGCGCUCAAGAAGGCGCUCGAGCGCGCGGUCGAGAAAUGGCACAGGGUCGAGCGCGCGCACAGGGAGCGCGUGAGGGACAAGAUCGCGAGGCAGAUGCUCAUCGUCAACCCGGACGCGAGCGAGCACGAGAUCAAGCAGGCGUUCGAGACGAGCGGCGGCGCGGCAGGGCCGCCGCAGAUCUUCCAGCAGGCGCUCGCCGGGACGCGCAGUGCGGCGGCGACGGCGGCGCUGCACGAGGCGACGAGCCGCAGGGGCGAACUCGUGCACAUCGAGGAGACGCUCGUCGAGCUCGCGCAGCUCAUGCAGCAGGUCGCCGACCUCGUCAUCGUCCAGGACAGCACCAUCACGCACAUCGAGUCGACCCCGGACGCCGUGCGCGCCGACCUCGAGCACGGCACCAAGCAGGUCGGCCUCGCGCGCGCGAGCGCCGCCGCCGCGCGCCACAAGCGCAAGAUGUGCGCCGCGUUCGCGCUCGUGCUCGUCGUCGUGCUCGUCGUCGUCGUGGCGGUCGAGGUGAGGAAGGCCGGCGGCGGUGGCGGCGGCGGCGCGAGCGAGCCGGAAGGGGAGAAGGAGAAGGAGACGCAGACGGUGACGGCCGGUGCGGCGGAGACGGCGGCGCACGUGGCGACGGCGGUGGCAGGGGCGGUCACGGGCGCGGCGAGAUGGCGGCGGUGA